AUUCAAGUGCGAGGCCUGAGUCUCCUUGAGUACCACUCGCACAAAUUACUCAAAGAUUUCGACAUUCCGGUACCUAAUGGAUAUGUCGUCGGCAGUCCAGAAGAAGCAAGAGAAGUGGUCUCGAAAAUCAAUGCCCCAUCGGUUGUAAAGGCACAGAUCCUUGCCGGUGGGCGUGGCAAGGGAAAAUACGAAAGCGAUGGCAAAGGAGGAGUUCGCAUCAUGAACUCACCAAUCGAGGCAUUUGAGAAUGCCUCGAGGAUGAUUGGUUACUACCUUACAACAAAGCAAACCCCACCUGGUGGUCUUCUCGUCAAAAAGCUAUACAUCUACAAAGCCGUGGACGUUGCGCAGGAAUACUAUGUCGCACUUACAUUCGACCGCGACCGGUCCAUGCCAGUCCUCCUGAUCUCCAACGUCGGAGGAGUCGACAUCGAAUCCAACGCCGAUAAACUAGAGCAUUACUGGUUUGACAUGACGCACGGCAUCACAUCCGAGAUCACUGCAUAUGUCCAAGCACAGCUCGGCUUCUCGGAUGCAGAAAUGGGCGUGAUAAGCCACAUCCUUCACCAAAUGGUGAAACUAUUCAAAGAGAAGGAUGCUACACUUCUCGAGCUGAACCCUCUUGUGCGCACGCCAGAGGGGCAUUUUGUCUGUCUCGAUGCAAAGUUCACGUUCGAUAACUCGGCUCGUUUCCGACAACCGGAGAUCUUUAGUCUCGAAGAACGUCUGCCUGAUGAGGAAGAUGAAUACGAGGCGUCUCAGGCGGGCCUUUCCUACGUCCGUCUUGAUGGUGUCAUUGGAAACAUAGUGAAUGGAGCCGGCUUAGCAAUGGCAACCAACGAUCUUGUUAGCUUGUUCGGUGGCAAAUGCGCGAAUUUCCUCGACGUCGGUGGAGGAGCAACCAAGGAGACCGUGUCAAAGGCGUUUGAGAUUUUGAACCGGGACUCACGAAUCAAGGGAAUCCUGGUCAACAUUUAUGGUGGAAUUGUUCGAUGCGACAUGAUCGCCGAGUCUAUCAUCGCUGCUGCUACUUCAACCGGAGGAUUUAAAGUUCCUGUAGUAGUUCGCCUCCAGGGUACCAAUUGCGAUAAAGGUCUGAAAAUGAUUGAAACAUCGGGGUUGAGUAAUUUGAUCGUGGAGCCAGACUUUGAGCUUGCCGCUGAAAAGAUUGUGGCCGUCACAGGAAAACCAGCAUAA